UUCCCCCCCCCGUCCCGUCUCGUCUCGUCUUGUCUUCUUCCGCGUCAUGCACCUGCACGCCCCGUAGUUUUCCCCUUCCCCAGCCACGACCAGCACACGGCUCGGCCGAGUUCCUCGACGUCGCAUCCCGCGCAUUUGAUCCUAGAGCCCUCUCCGAGCCCCCCAAAGUAUCAGCUUCUCUGCGAAUAGAAAGGCACGAUGUCUUCGACUUCCGGCACGCCUGAAUCCUGGAUCUCCUCGUUCUGCUCUCUCCUGGGUCACGAGUAUUUCGCGGAGGUGUCCGAAGAGUUUAUCGAAGAUGACUUCAAUCUCACCGGCCUGCAAACGCAGGUCGCAAUGUACAAGGAGGCUCUCGAGAUGAUACUAGACGUCGAGCCUGAAGAUGAUGAAGACGAAGAGGACGAGGACGACGAAGAAGAGGAUGAAUCUAUCGAAGGCCCCGACCGCACGCGCCAUGGCGAACGACGCAACCAUAGCCGAAUAGCCAGUGACCUAUCCGUUAUCGAGUCCUCGGCUGAGAUGUUGUAUGGCCUUAUCCACCAACGUUUCAUCUGCUCACGGGCAGGCAUCCAGCAGAUGUCCGAGAAGUAUGAGCUAGGCCACUUCGGCGUCUGUCCUCGUCACCAUUGCGAAGGCGCUCGAACUCUCCCCGUCGGCCUCUCCGAUAUUCCAGGCGAGGAGACGGUCAAGCUAUUCUGCCCUUGCUGCCUUGACGUCUACGUGCCUCCCAAUAGCAGAUUUCAGACUGUGGACGGCGCCUUUUUUGGCCGCACAUUCGGCGCCCUCUUUCUGCUCACCUUUCCGGAGUACGACCUUACUAAGCGAGGUGCCGACGUACUGGCCGGCGCGCGUGUGAGCGAUGACGACAAGGACAUGCUGAACGGCAUGCACAUCUGCAACAUCGCGCCGAGUCUGGGCAAGAACAAAAUAUACGAACCCCGUAUCUACGGCUUCCGCGUGUCGGAAGUGGCACGAUCCGGUCCGCGGAUGCAAUGGUUGAGAGACAAGCCGGAUGAUAUCACGGAAUUGGACGAGGCACGUCUCUACGCGGAGAACAACCCAGAUAGCGAAGACGACGACGACAGCACGAAUCUCAACGGACGACCCGUACGGAGACUGCGUGCGCGGAGACGACACGGCCAAGGCGGGAGCCCGAUGGCGGUGGAGACCAACGGUGCCGAGUCAGAGCUAUGACAAGAUCGAUAACGGUCCAGCCAACUGGCUCGGGUCCCCUCGAAUUAGACUGAAGGAGUUACUGUUACUGGAAUUUCUCAUGCGCAUUACUCCUUCGUUCUCCAGCGCUGCCGGAGGAGUACACGCGUGCGCGCGCUAUAAACACGU